AUGACAAUCGUUUACCAGAAGGAACCGGCGGAACGCAUCCUGGCUAGUCAGGAUGCAUGUAUGGGCGGAUGCCAGGCCUGCUGUGGCAUACCGGCGAUAAAGUCAACGGACGUAGACUCGACAUUCACUGGUCUCCGCCUUUCAAUACGCCAUACCUCCGACGGUAGGUUAUAUGCCCGAUUGGAUGUUGGAAACACUGGCAUUGGCCUGCCAUUGGCUACAAGCCUCUUGAAUAGCUUCAACCAGGCUAUCUCAUCAAUUGAUGGAUCGUCCACACAGACCAUCGGUAGCCUCGAGUUAUGCUCGCCGCAAGAUCGUGACCUGAUCACCCAAUUCACUGGAACCAUCGGCCCUGCCAAUGAUGCACUGCUACAUGAUCUUUGUUUACAACACGCAAAGACAACCCCCGAUGCUCCCGCUGUUCGCUCUUGGGAUGGGGAUCUGACAUAUCGCCAACUCGAGGAAUUGACUUCUCGGUUAGCCCAUUGGCUAGUGGGACAAGGCGUUGGACCAAAGAUCUAUGUGGCUUGUGCCUUCUACAAAUCAACUUGGGCUAUUGUGGCCAGACUGGCUGUCCUCAUGGCUGGUGGUGCAUAUAUCUGCGUUGAUGGCUCUGAUCCACCACCAUAUCUUUCAUCCGUCCUCGAACGCACCCAGAUGAAAAUCAUGCUCACUUCCGCCGGGUACAAGGAACGGUUUGCCGAUCGGGUUGAAACCCUCUUCGAAGUCAGCGAUGCUUCCGUUUCCAAUUUGCCAUUGGUGACUUCAAUCCCUUGUUCGACCGUCACGCCCACCGACCCUUGCGUUGUGCUUUUCACAUCCGGUAGCACGGGAAAACCAAAGGGAAUUAUCCAAGAACACCGUAGUUAUGCUUCAGCAUUGACAGAUUACAUCCGAGUCAUGGACAUGGGACCGCAUAGCCGGAUGUUCCAAUUCGAUUCGUACACCUUCGACAUCAGUAACAACGACUUCCUAGCUCCUCUCAUGGCUGGCGGGUGCUGCUGUGUUCCCACUAAAUCUCUGGCGAUGGAAUCCCUGAUGAACGACAUGAACUAUCUGGAGGGGAACAUAAUGUUCAUCACACCAUCCGUUGCCAUCGACAUGGAACCAGACCGCGUCCCCACACUGGAGAUGAUGUGUAUCGGCGGCGAGCCAGUCUCAGACGCGGUACUAGCGAAAUGGCUGAACCGCGUGCAGGUGGUGAAUCAAUACGGCAUGGGCGAGAUAGCCUCCCUCUGCGCUUAUAACCGCAAUCUUCAGAUGGGUCGGGGGUCAGUCGUCGGUCGACCUGCUACCGGUGCAAUCUGGAUCGUCAAUCCCGAUAACCCCGACCAACUGAUGCCCGUCGGAGCCGUGGGCGAGCUACUUAUCGAGGGCCCCCAUCUCUCCAAGGGAUAUCUAGACCACGUCUCUGGAAAAUCGGAGAACUUCCUCGCCGCGCCACCAGUCUGGAUGGCCCAGCUGCACACCGAGAGACCAAAUCACCGUCUCUAUCGCUCCGGGGAUCUAGGCCGGUACAACCAUGACGGGACGAUCGAGCUAAUGGGCCGGAAGGAUAGCAUGCUCAAGCUUGACGGAGCGCGCGUCGAAGCCGGCCAGGUGGAGUACAUUAUCCGGCGCAACCUGUCGACCGGGGAUGCGGCUGUCGUGGACGUUCUCGGCGCUAUCGAUGGCCAGGCCGAUCCCAUUCUUGCCGUAUACUUAUACUUGGCGAAUAACCCCAUGAACAUGGAGAGCGGUCCGGUCGAAGAGAUGGAGUUCCGUCCGAUCAGCGAGAGGCACGCUGUGCAUUCGCUCACCCAGUCGCUGAGUGAGGCGGUCCGCCAGAGUUUGCCGAAGUACUAUGUUCCUGCGCUGUAUAUCCUUAUUGAUAGAGUCCCGCGCACCAAGUCUAAAAAGACAGAUCGGCGGAAGCUUCAUAUGUUGGGUCAGGCUUAUUACAUGGAGCAUCGGGAUGAGUUGGAGGGGAUUACUGUCUGGUUAGAUUGGAGCCAGAUAUAA